UGGCGGCCGCAUCGAACGUAUUUUGUUUACAUAUUUUGCUUGACCAAAAUGUCGAAGAGAUCUAUGUACAAGUACUGUGUUGUGCCUGGUUGUAGGAAUACAACAGUUCGUACGCCGAACAAGUUAUUCUUUAGCAUGCCGGUCGGAGAGCAGAGACGGAGCGAGUGGUGUCGUGUGAUGGGCCGAAAUCAGCCGAAACACCGGCCCCUGCAUCCGAAGUCAAGUCGUUAUGUUUGUGAGGAUCACUUUGACUUGGAACAUGACAUGGCAAAUUAUUUAAGAUGGAAGUUGGUUGGUUCGUCGAGACUAUUCCUGAGGAAAGGUGUCGUUCCCCACAAGUUUCACUGUCAGAACAGAGUAACCAGUAAAUCGGGGAAUCAGAUCGAAUGCAGCAGCCCAUUGCACAUUAAGGAGGAGGACAGUGACGGGGAGACAGUUGAUUGCAACAGCGACCUAAACGAGGCAAGUGAUUUAGAAGAAUCAGUGGACCCAGCGCUGGGACACUCCGAGCUCAAUACACACAAGCCAGCUGUUGAGAAUACAUGUGAUAAUUACACACCCUGCGAACCUUACAUAGUCAGCAUUAUAUAUGUUAAGAAAACAAAGAAAAGACGAGACACGUAGUUAUUUACGUACAUACAUUAGUCAGAAUGUUAUCUUUUAAGAUAUCGUUUUAAUGUAUUACAUAAUAAAUCUGUUAGGAAUAAACAGCAGAGAUAUUUGACGUGGCCGCUGUGUAAGCGACACAGGCGAGCCUAUUGCGUUACAACGAUUAUCUUCGCUUUCCUUAUUCCUGUCAGUGGUCGUUAAGUGGUCGACUAUAAUUAUUACUGAAAAUUUGAGGAACACAUAUAUGAAUUUGCAUGUUUCGAACAUUUUUUUUUCUUGUAAAACUCGGAUAAAUAAAUAACACCACGGUUGUUUUCUUUAAAUAUUUGAAUCUUUUAUUAUUAAUUUAAUAAACAGCUGUUCAAGCGGUUUUCAAGUUCGUCUCGAUACUUUAUAUAUCGCCUUUACGUACAAUAAGUACCAAGAUUGUUGAAUGUGUUGGUGGCCAGUGCUUACCUGGGCCCACAGUCUUCGGUUGCGAUUCAUAUAUCUUCAGAUAUCUUCUAGCCAUUAAGCACAUUCGCCGCUCUUGGCCCACAACAUCAAACGAUUUUGUAAUUAUUGACAUUUUUAUUUUUGCAAACUUUAUAUAAAGAAUAAAAAUGCAAAAUGUAUAGCGUCUAAUGGUACUUAUGAUGCUUUCGCUAAAUGUUGUUUAAGUAUUAAGGUAAGUUAUUUCUAUGUACAUUAUACAAUUCAGUUUAAAAGUAGGUUAUAUUAAAAAUGAAACGGAAAUAUUGUUUUAAUUAUUUUUGUACUUAAUUGAGCUCUUAGCGUAAUGGAUUUUAGUUGAUCCGUACGAUUGAAAUUGUAGACUCAAAUACAUCUUUAAUGAUAACUUGUCGUUUUAUUCUAAGAUUAACGAAACGCGCGGAUUCGCCAGCGUGGAAUUCA